CAUUCAUUCCACGUUUUUAUAAUGAAAGCUUUAAUUUUGGUAGGCGGGUAUGGAACCAGGCUUAGACCACUUACUUUAACUAAACCUAAAUCAUUAAUAGAAUUUUGUAAUAAACCAAUAGUAGUUCAUCAGAUUGAAGCCUUAGUUGAUGCUGGUGUAAAUCAUAUUAUUCUGGCUGUCUGUUAUCAAGCUGAUCAAUUGGAAGAUGAACUUAAAAUUUAUGAAAAAAAACUUGGAAUUAAAAUAUCAAUUUCAAGUGAAAUCAAAGAACCUUUAGGAACUGCUGGUGCUAUUGCUCAAGCCAAAAAAUUUUUAUUACCUGCUCCUAAUUGCAAUAAACCAUUUUUUGUAUUAAAUAGUGAUAUUAUUUGUAAUUUCCCAUUUAAAGAAAUGAUUGUCUUUCAUGAAAAUCAUGGUAAGGAAGGCACAUUAGUGGUGACAAAAGUGGACGAACCUUCUAAAUAUGGUGUAGUUGUCUAUUCAGCUGAAAAGGGUGGUGAAGUUGAAAGGUUUACAGAAAAACCAAAGAUUUUUGUUUCCAACAAAAUAAACGCGGGACUAUAUAUUCUAUCCCCAUCUUUCCUAUCACGAAUUAAACCCAUCAAAACCUCUAUUGAGAAGGAUGUUUUUCCUUACAUGGCUGAUGAAGGACAACUAUUUGCCUUGGAUUUAAAGGGUUAUUGGAUGGAUGUAGGUCAACCAAAGGAUUUCUUGACUGGAAUGUGCAUGUACAUGGACUUUAUAGUUAAGAAACAAAACAAAGGCAUUAAUGAUGUCAAAAACGGUAUCAUCGCACCCGUUAUAAUAGAUGAAACUGCGGACAUAGGUAAUGAUUGUAUCAUAGGCCCCAACGUUGUCAUUGGAAAAAAUUGCAGAAUUGAGGAAGGUGUAAGAUUAAAAAAUACGAUAUUGAUGCCAGGUGCCAAAAUCGGGCAACAUUCUUGGUUGGAUCACUGCAUUAUUGGCUGGAAUUCAGAUAUCGGCAAAUGGGUAAGAAUUGAAAAUGUUUCUGUACUGGGCGAAAACGUUGAGAUAAAAGACGAAAUUUACGUUAAUGGGGGUAAGAUCUUACCUCACAAAGCUAUCUCCACAUCUAUUCGAGAGCCUCAAAUUGUUUUGUAAAAAAAUCACUUCAUCGAACUAAAUAAUUUUAUAAAAUAACGAUAUCGAUACACUUAAUUCUGAUAUUUGGUAUAUGCAUUUUAUUUAAAUUAUAUAGAAUUUUAUU